GUGGGUAUACGACGCCAAGUACAAGCCAGCAUACGGCCCCGUGAGCUGCAAAAACCUACGAUCGUACUUCAACUGCCUCGCGAACGGGCGAAAAGAUCGCAGAUACCUCAAUUACGUGUGGCGAAGCCCUGGUUGUAACAUCCAGAGGUUCAAUGCGACGUCUUUCAUGCACCGGUUUCGCAACAAGGUGUUUCUGGUUACCGGCGACUCCUUCGCGACGAACUUCGACGCCUCGUUCCGCUGCCUCAUCGGCUCAUACACCAAAACCAAGGAUUUUACCAACAAGCAGUGGGGUAACACUGGAGUGAAGGCAUCGGGUUACUUCGCAAAGGCGUUCAACUUCACUGUAGUUCGCGUGCCCUCGAAUUUCCUCGUCGCGUCGCAACCAAUCGGCGAGGUAUCGAGCGCAGGGGUGUGGCAAGUGGAAUUAGACAAAGUGGACGACAACUGGGCCAAGCUCUUGUCCUUCACCCACUACGCGCUCUUCAGCUCCGGUCACUGGUUCAGCCAGGCGUCCGACAACCUCCGGAAAUACCGCCGCGGAGGGCAGCCGAUCAAGCCGCAAUCCGCGCUGCUAACCAUGCAAGAGUCGCUCGUUACAGUCACGCGGUUCGUGAAGGCGUCUGGUUACCGCGGCACGCCGUUCUUCAUCACGUUCACGGCCUUCCACUACUACAACUCGUUUGACGCCAAGUCGCAGAGCUGCGUGGGGUUCACCGACCCCUUAAAGCCCAAGCAGCUGCAAUACGCCGAAGCCGCGACCGAUAUCAUCACGUCACGGAAUGCACAGGUGGCG